AUGUCUCGACGCGCCAACCCGACCCAGGCUGCCCAGAACCAGCAGACCAUCAAGAGUCUCCUGAAACUCGAGUCCAACAAGAUCUGUGCCGAUUGCAAGCGCAACAAGCAUCCACGAUGGGCGUCUUGGAAUCUGGGUAUUUUCAUCUGCAUUCGGUGCUCGGGCAUCCAUCGGGGCAUGGGCACGCACAUCAGCCGCGUCAAGUCGGUCGACCUCGACGCAUGGACCGAUGAACAAUUGCAGAGUGUCCUGAAAUGGGGCAACUCAAGAGCUAACAAGUAUUGGGAAGCGAAGCUGGCGCCGGGCCAUGUUCCGGCGGAAGCGAAAAUCGAAAACUUCAUACGCACCAAGUACGACUCCAAGCGAUGGGUCAUGGACGGGGGAAUGCCCGAUCCUUCCACUCUGGAUGACGGCGACGAUGUGCCUCUUGCGGUUGUACAGCAACAGGCAAAGAUUGAACGUUCUGCUUCGCAACGAGUUACAUCCCCGAACCAGCCCGCCGUGCGCCGACAGCAGCCCUCGAUCGACCUGUUCGGCGACGAUCCUAUCGCUCCCCCGGUGCGCCCCAGCACGACCGAACCCGCCGCUCGCGCGCAGCCGAGACAAGCACCUCCAGCACAACCGAAGCCUCAAAAACCAGGCGAUUCGUUGCUUGGACUGGACUUCUUUGGAAGCACUCAGGCGGCCGCUGGCAGUCGCCCGACUAGCACUGCAUCAACGCCUGCUGCCCCGAGCGGGAUGUCUCGCCCUGAUCUGAAGCAGUCUAUUCUAUCCUUGUAUUCGAAGCCGCAGCCGCCUCCUCCCACCCAGCAUGAGCGGAACAAUUCCUUCGGCGAUAUGGCUUCUCCAACAGGUGCAUCUGCUUCGUCGAACAUGGGUGGCUUGACGGACGCUUUCAGCGGGUUGAGUUUCCCAUCUUCGACCACCUCUCCGCCUCCCAGACCAGCAGAGAAGCCAGCACCUUUUGCCAAUCUCUCCAACUUUGGCAACGUCAAGUCCAUGCCGGCCACGCCCAAGGUUACCUCGCCUUCUGACUCUGCUGGCGGAGAUCUUUUUGGCAGUCUGACCUCUCCUACCAUGUCUGCCACGAAGCCACAGUCCCGAACAACCUCGAUCUCUUCGAAUGGACAAGACCACGGAUUCGGCGGAUUCGGCGGAUUCGCGUCUCCUCCCGCCAAACCCAACCCUCCAUCCAUCCCCUUGUCAAACGAUCUAUUUGGUCUCUCUUCUCCCCCGCCUGCGCCUGCGGCCGUUUCUUCGCCACCCCCGCAACCCAAGGCUCCAUCUCCGCAACAAGAAAUGAAAUCGGCAUUCAACCUCUCCAGCCCCGUGAUGCAGCCCUCUGCCCCUCCCAUACAGACAGCUGCCACCAAGGCGCCCGCCAGCAUGUUCCCAGCGAGCAUCGACCCAUGGGGUGGUAAUGCGUGGAACACGCCUGAUCCUGCACCGGAGCCUGCUCCCGCCCCCGCCGCUGCCCCGUCCGCCGCAUCGAUGAUGAAGGUUCCCGACACAUUGACCGCCAACGACAUAGGAUCUGGCUGGGGCGCACCGUCCAAGCAAACCCCCACCGUCACAGCAGACGAGGACUUCGGCGGCUGGACCAGUGCCGCCCCAGUCUCGUCAAACACCAUGACUGCCACGAGCAACGUGUCCAGCUCAACCAAGCCGGCGGGCGGGUUUGGAGGCAAUGACGAUCUUUUCUCCAACGUUUGGGAGUAA